GCACAAGAGAGAAUGGAAAAUCAAAAGCAAAUAGAUGCAGACUAUCUGCUGCAAGGCCAAGGAGAAAUAUGGCAGCACAUAUAUAGCUCUGUAAAAUCCAUGGCUUUGAACUGUGCUGUGGAACUUGGCAUUGCAGACAUAAUAGCCUCCCACAAUUGUCCCAUCACUUUGUCCCAAAUUGCCAAUGACAUUGGCUCCCCAUCUCUAGACAUUCACUGCCUCACACGCAUCAUGAAUUUCCUAGUCCACAUGAAACUCUUCGACGCAAUUAGUCCCCAGCUUGACGGCCGAGAGACUCUCUACGGCCUCACUAAUUCCUCUAGAUGGCUCUUGCGUGAUGCCGAGCUAAGUCUAGCGCCUUUGGUGCUAAUGCGAAACCAUCCAUUGCUAACAGCCCCUUUGCAUUUCCUCAGUCAAUGCGUGACACAGGGCGGUACUGCAUUCCACAAGGCACAUGGCCGUGACAUGUGGGAUUUUGCAUCCGUGAACUCUGAAUUCAACAAAAUAUUCAACAGUGGCAUGGAAUGUACAGCCAAGAUCACGACUAAGGCUGUGAUAUCAGAAUACAGAGAUGGGUUCGGGUGCUUUGGAUCUCUAGUGGAUGUUGGGGGUGGGACUGGGGCUGCAAUUGCUGAGAUUGUCAAGACCUAUCCACAUAUCAAAGGGACUAACUUUGAUUUGCCACAUGUGGUUGCCACUGCACCAAUUCAUCCUGUUGUAGCCCAUAUUGGAGGUGACAUGUUUAAGGCCAUUCCUAAAGCAGAUGCAAUUUUCAUGAAGUGGAUUAUGCAUGACUGGAGUGACGAAGAUUGUAUCAAAAUAUUGAAAAACUGCCGGAGAGCAAUACCAAAGGAAACAGGGAAGGUUAUUAUUGUUGAUAUAGUUUUGCAAGCAGAGGGUGAUGGCCAAUUUGACAAGACAGGGAUGGCAUUUGAUAUAGUGAUGCUCGCGCACUUCUCGAGUGGGAAGGAGAGGACUGAGGCUGAAUGGAAAAGGGUAUUAGAAGGAGGAGGGUUUGGGAGGUACAAGAUCAUCAAAAUUCCAGCUUUACAGUCCAUCAUUGAGGCCUACCCAGAGUGAUUGAUUGUGUGUGUGUGUGUGUUUUCUUGUAAUAACGCCUCGUUAAUUAGUACUUGAUGGCUUCAUUCUA